CUCUCUUGCCUGCGGCCUGUCAGAGCCUCGGCGCCAUGAGCGCGGUUUGGCGGCUGUUGCGCUCCGUGAAGCUCCGCGCUUUCGGUCCGGCCAAAGAGUAUGUGGGCAGCGACCCCUUCGGGAACCAGUACUACCGCAUCCCAAAGCACGAAACCUGGGCAGGACAAAUGAUUAAAGAGAGAAGAUUUGUGGAAGCAGCAGGUGUUAAGGAAUACGAGUAUCAAACAGGGGACAUUCCAGUAGAAUGGGAAGCUUGGAUUCGGAAAAAAAGGAAUGAUCCACCUACAAUUGAAGAAAUUCUGAGGGCACAGAAGUAUCAAGAAGAGAUGAAAAGGAGGAUUGAAGAUGUUUAUGAAAAGGAGAGGCUCCUGCAGGCCAAAGAAUACAAAGAGGGACUUGUGGCAGAACCACGUCAAACUCAGAUUAAAGGCCAUGCAUCCUCCCCUCACUUUGGAAAGAACGAACCUUCCGAAGAGCCAGUCAGUACAGCAAAUAUAUUUCAGCCUGGAUCUUGGAUGCCUCCCAAGGACAGUGGCCGUAACAAAUAAGAAGUUAGAAAUAUCAGGAGAUAGGCAAAUAAUAAGAAAUGACUGUCUGAUGCAUGUCUAUCCUUUUGCAUUACUUGAAGAAUUGUUUGAGUAAAUGGAGGAAAAAAUCUUAUAAUUAAGAUGUAAGGAUUUAUUAACUGCUCAUGUUGUAUAAUUCAUAGAUAAUUUGUGUAACUUCAACUUUGGAAGGAGUUGGUAUGAUAAUGGUAUGAUAAUGAUCAGGGCUGGAGAAUCUCUCUGGCUUCCACAUGUUUUGAACUACAGCUGCCAUAAUACUAUACCGUUGGCCAUAUUAUCUGCAGAUGAUGACAGAUGAAGUCCCAAACAUGUAAUGGCCAAAGGGACUCCAGGUGAUAUAAUUAUAAAGUACAACGGUGAAUAUAAAAAGAAGCACUGAAUAUAAUUAUAAUUGUUCAGCCAUGAGUAAAUUAGUUCUUUCAUACA